GUGUUUAUAGGGAUGAGCAAAGAAAACGGGCUUGGGGAGGCCCGUGAAACUCCCUGUCUGGGUGUUAGUCAACCAAUAUCUAAAGCGUUGCCGGAUGCGCGUGAUCUUAGGCUCACAGAACAGCUGGUGGAGUGCCUUAAAAGCUUCAAUUUAUUUGAAACUGACGAAGAAAUGCAUGCUAGAAUAGAAGUGCUUCGGAAAUUGAAUUCGCUCGUAAAAACGUGGGUGCGCAAGGUUUCAGAGUCGAAGCUUCCUCCUGAAAUGUGUGAAAAUGUUGGUGGAAAAUUGUUCACAUUUGGAUCUUAUCGAUUAGGUGUACAUACCAGAGGCGCUGAUAUUGACACAUUAUGUGUGGCACCAAGGCAUGUUGAUCGACAGGACUUUUUUGGGUCAUUCUAUGAAAUGCUCAAAGAGGAUGAGAAUGUCACUGAUUUGCACGCAGUAGAAGACGCUUUCGUUCCUGUCAUCAAGCUCAAAUAUGCCGGAAUCGAGCUUGAUAUUCUGUUUGCAAGAUUAGCCUUGAAAGAAAUACCUGAUGAUCAAACAUUAAACGAUGACAUGUUGUUGAAGAAUCUUGACGACAAAAGCAUACGCUCGCUAAACGGUUGUCGAGUGGCAGAUGAGAUUCUUCGACUUGUACCAUAUCCAGAGUCUUUUGCUUUAUGCUUGAGAGCAGUAAAAUUGUGGGCAAAAAAUCACGGCAUAUACUCCAAUGUGUUAGGAUUUCUUGGCGGAGUGACUUGGGCCAUCUUAGUAGCUAGGACAUGUCAGCUAUAUCCCAAUGCUUCACCUUCGAAGCUCCUUUUGAAGUUCUUCCUUGUCUUUGUUACAUGGGAAUGGCCACUGCCCGUUGUUUUGAAAGACAUGGAUUCUGCCAAUCGUCCAGAUAUUGGAAACCUGCAGGAGCUGGUGUGGGAUCCUCGAAUUCGUGGCUCGGACAGAUUCCAUCUUAUGCCUAUACUCACACCUGCAUUUCCUGAGCAGAACUCCACCUUCAAUGUGACUAAUUCUACGCGGAGCAUCAUGAUAAAUGAAAUGAAAGAAGGGCUUGACAUAAUGAAGGAUAUCUAUGAAGGACGGGCAGAGUGGUCUAAACUUUUUGAGGAAGUGAAUUUCUUCACUAGAUACAAGCAUUUCAUAUCCUUAACAUGUGCGGCAAGGAAUGAGGAAGACCAUCUGAUCUUUUGUGGUUUCGUUGAAUCCAAAAUUCGACAUCUCAUUGGAGCAUUAGAGAGGAAUCAAGGCAUUUCUCUCGCUCACAUAAAUCCACGUCAGUACAAGCCGCUGCCAAGUGCUAUACCGAAAUUUGGCCCCGGAUUUGAAAAUCCUGUUUGCACAUUGUGGUUUAUUGGUCUGGAGUUCGACCGCGCGAUGGCGAAAGCAUUUGAUUUGACCGUGGAAAUCAGUCAGUUCCAUCAUAUAAUUGUAACGACAGGAAUCAAGAUGAGGCAGUACAACGAGUUUAUGAAGGUUGAUCUACAGUACGUCCGAAGAGCAGAAGUGGGUCGAUGGAUUGCAAAAGAAGACUACAUGAGGGGUCGCCAUGCUGUACGGCGUUCUAUCGCAAGAACCUCAUCCGGAUCCUCUUCGAAUUUGUCACGCAUAAUCUCCGCAUCCUCUGAAAACCUGAAUACCACUCCCAAUACCUCGGCCUCAGUGGAGAAUCAUCACACUACUACUGUGACAAAUACUAUCACUAGUUCCGAAACUAUAGUGAAGAAUGGCUCCACAACGGAGACAACCAGCAGAAUAACGGGUACUGUCGAGAUAAAAGUUGAAGAAAAGAAGGAGGUUCCCGAAGAGCCGGUUGCACCUGUUUUCUGCGUAGGUGGAGAAGAAAUCAAACUGGAAACGAAUCAACAUUUGACACCGAUAACGCGGAAGAGGCCCAGUGAAGCAGAUUUAGAUAGUGAUAUUCCUAGCAAAAAAUUAUUACAUGUAAAGUCGGAUAAUAGCUUGCCCGUCAUCGCAGGAGAUUCAGCUUCUUGAAUGGAUAUCUGCCAAUAUAGUCAUCUAAUUCGACUCCAUCGCGGUAUUACCUCGUGUACAAAUAUUUUUCAUUCCGCAUUCUCCAUCGUCAUCUUUUCAUGCGUAAGUAUCGCUUUUCUUUUUUGUUGUAAAGGUGGGUAUAGAGGUUAUUACUCAUUAACUCCUUUUGUUGUGUCAUCGAUGGAUGAUCUGCAUCGGUCACCGCAACUAUGCUUGCGGUUAUUGAUAGCAUCUUGUGCAUUUAGUAGUUCCAUGUAGAGUCCUCGUGUAGAGAGGAGUUUUGUGAUCUGACGGUUUUUUGUAUCUAAUUUUUGAAACUGUUCCAAACAAAUGAGUAAAAUCUGCGGAUUUUUUCCGGGUAUAGUAUUGUCAUGCUUACAUUUUUUAUUGUAAAGUGAUAUUGUUUUCAUAAAGCCGUCUGUUCUUUUCUUCUCUUUCCGUGCUCAUCAUUCAUCAUUCAUUGAUCACCUAUUGUUUCUCAUUAUGUUGCAAGCUCUAGUUAAAUAUGUUUAUCUACCUACUCCGUAUAAGUCACGUCAUAUUUGCUGUCAAGUUCAAGACGGAUGAUAGAAUUCACGGCGAAAUGACUAUUCUUUCGUCCAAUCUUACUGCGCAGCUAGCUCUGCCUCGUGAAACUGACAGCCAUUGUCAAGGUUUCGUAUCUAUGUUUAUUAACGUUGAAGUUCUCCUCUUACAGAGACUCAUACCUUUCGUUGUUGUGUUGUCCAAAUUAUUAUGUAUAUCUGACAGCCAGGCCUAACGCUAUGUAACUUGACUAUUGUACAUUUGUUGUCUUAUGAAGAUUUCCUAAGUGGUGGACGGUGAUGUAGAAACAAUUCACGUGCAAAAUACUCCAUAUUGGAGGACCAAAAAAAGCUAGAUUGUAUUCAUGUCUCAUUUUAUUGUGGUUUAAUCGCGCAUCAUUAUAAGAGUUUGAGAAAAAAUAAAAAAUAAAACCCGUA